GCUAGGAGCCCGGGUGUCAGGCGCGACGGCGCAUGCUCCGGAAUCAUCUCCUUUACCCUGGAGCUGCUGCUGCUGCUGCUGCUUUUGCUUUUGGGGCUGAGUUUAAUAAGCGAGCGAGCGAGCAAGUGAGCGCGGGGGGAAAAAGGCAGAGAAUGUCCGCCAUCUACCCUCCGCUCCUGGGCGCGCUCUCAUUCAUAGCAGCCUCUUCAUGAAUUACAGCUGAGGGGGGGCGGAGGAGGGGGGGUACCACACAACACCCCAGCAAACCUCCGGGCCCCCAAGCAUGGCUAGCUCGUGUGCCGUGCAGGUGAAGCUGGAGCUGGGGCACCGCGCCCAGGUGAGGAAAAAACCCACCGUGGAGGGCUUCACCCACGACUGGAUGGUGUUCGUACGCGGCCCGGAGCACAGUAACAUACAGCACUUUGUGGAGAAAGUCGUCUUCCACUUGCACGAAAGCUUUCCUAGGCCAAAAAGAGUGUGCAAAGAUCCACCUUACAAAGUAGAAGAAUCUGGGUAUGCUGGUUUCAUUUUGCCAAUUGAGGUUUAUUUUAAAAACAAGGAAGAACCUAGGAAAGUCCGCUUUGAUUAUGACUUAUUCCUGCAUCUUGAAGGCCAUCCACCAGUGAAUCACCUCCGCUGUGAAAAGCUAACUUUCAACAACCCCACAGAGGAUUUUAGGAGAAAGUUGCUGAAGGCAGGAGGGGACCCUAAUAGGAGUAUUCAUACCAGCAGCAGCAGCAGCAGCAGCAGUAGCAGCAGCAGCAGCAGCAGCAGCAGCAGUAGCAGCAGCAGUAGCAGCAGCAGCAGCAGCAGCAGCAGCAGCAGUAGCAGCAGCAGCAGCAGCAGUAGUACCAGUUUUUCAAAGCCUCACAAAUUAAUGAAGGAGCACAAGGAAAAACCUUCUAAAGACUCCAGAGAACAUAAAAGUGCCUUCAAAGAACCUUCCAGGGAUCACAACAAAUCUUCCAAAGAAUCCUCUAAGAAACCCAAAGAAAAUAAACCACUGAAAGAAGAGAAAAUAGUUCCUAAGAUGGCCUUCAAGGAACCUAAACCCAUGUCAAAAGAGCCAAAACCAGACAGUAACUUACUCACCAUUACCAGUGGACAAGAUAAGAAGGCUCCUAGUAAAAGGCCACCCAUUUCAGAUUCUGAAGAACUCUCAGCCAAAAAACGGAAAAAGAGUAGCUCAGAGGCUUUAUUUAAAAGUUUUUCUAGUGCACCACCACUGAUACUCACUUGUUCUGCUGACAAAAAACAGAUAAAAGAUAAAUCUCAUGUCAAGAUGGGAAAGGUCAAAAUUGAAAGUGAGACAUCAGAGAAGAAGAAAUCAACGUUACCGCCAUUUGAUGAUAUUGUGGAUCCCAAUGAUUCAGAUGUGGAGGAGAAUAUAUCCUCUAAAUCUGAUUCUGAACAACCCAGUCCUGCCAGCUCCAGCUCCAGCUCCAGCUCCAGCUUCACACCAUCCCAGACCAGGCAACAAGGUCCUUUGAGGUCUAUAAUGAAAGAUCUGCAUUCUGAUGACAAUGAGGAGGAAUCAGAUGAAGUGGAGGAUAACGACAAUGACUCUGAAAUGGAGAGGCCUGUAAAUAGAGGAGGCAGCCGAAGUCGCAGAGUUAGCUUAAGUGAUGGCAGCGAUAGUGAAAGCAGUUCUGCUUCUUCACCCCUACAUCACGAACCUCCACCGCCCUUAUUAAAAACCAACAACAACCAGAUUCUUGAAGUGAAAAGUCCAAUAAAGCAAAGCAAAUCAGAUAAGCAAAUAAAGAAUGGUGAAUGUGACAAGGCAUACCUAGAUGAACUGGUAGAGCUUCACAGAAGGUUAAUGACGCUGAGAGAAAGACACAUUCUGCAGCAGAUCGUGAACCUUAUAGAAGAAACUGGACACUUUCAUAUCACAAACACAACAUUUGAUUUUGAUCUUUGCUCGCUGGACAAAACCACAGUCCGCAAACUACAGAGUUACCUGGAAACAUCUGGAACAUCCUGAGGAUAUGAAAACUGGAUGCAUCAAGAACAAUUGUAUUUUUUUUUUGUUUUUUUUUUUUUGGUUGUGAUUUUUUGUUGUUGUUGUUUAUAUGAAAACACUCAAAAUGAUGCAACCAAAAGGGAAAAAAUAAAAAUCAAACAACCUUCAGCUUUAUUUUUCUUUAAAGCCAGUCAUCAUCUCUUGAUAAAGGAGAGGUUAAAGCAAACCAGCCUCAGCGGACCACUCUUCUCUCCAAGGAAAUCCCCGGGAAGAGUUAGCCUGGAUAGCCUUGAAAACAAACAAAUCAAACACAACACAAGAAAACUCAAAGAAUGUGUAUGGUAUCAUGUAUCUCUCUGUGGUGGUUCAUUCCACAGGACGAAUGCAUAUUCAACACACUGCCUUAUUACAUAACUGAUCUAUUUAUUAUCGCAUACAGAUAUUCUAAGUCGUUGAGGGAAUGACACCAUCAGACAUUAUAAGUACUUGGUCCCGUGGAUGCUCUUUCAAUGCAGCACCCUUGCCAUCCCAAGCCCAGUGACCUUACUCGUAUACCGUGCCACUUUCCACCAACUUUUUCCAAGUCCUUUAACUCGUUGCAGUCUGUAUUUUCCACCUUUUGUUUUUCCAGUUCCAGGACACAGAUUAUCAACUGGGGGGACCAAAUAGCCACCUUGAUUUUCUUCUUUGUGGUCUUUUUCCUGAAAGUUGGGGCCCAGUCCUUGGCUGUAUCCAUGUAAUGAUCUUGGACCAUGGUAGAAAAUGCACCAAAUAGGAUCAUAUGAAUUGCUGUCUAGCCUUAGUCAAUAAACUCGUAGGACUUUUAAACAAAAGUGUACCUGUAAAUGUCCUGAAUCCAGCAUUGUUGAGCUGUCAUCAACAUUCUUGUGUCUGUUUUACUGUUAUAAUAUUAGGUGAAUAUGGAAGUAAAGGCAUUCCACAGGAUCAUCAUUUAAAAAAAAAAAGAAUUCUGGUCCUGUUUUCUAAAAAAAAAAACUGUUGUAGAAAUUCUUAAUUUGGAUCUAUUUAUUAGUAAGAGUUUCAGCUUUCUUCUGCUGCCAGUGUGUUACUCAUCUUUAUCCUAAAAAUCUGGAAUCAGAGAUUUUUGUUUGUUCACAUGUGAUUCUCUUAGACACUUUUAUAUUUGAAAAAAUUAAAAUCUUUCUUUGUGGGAAAAUUCUUGGUUAUUCUGCCAUAACAGAUUAUGUAUUAACUUGUAGAUUCAGUGGUUCAAUACCUGUUUAGUCGCUUGCUAAUAUUUCCAGAAGGAUUUCUUGUAUUGGUGAAAGACGGUUGGGGACGGGGGGAUUUUUUUGUUCUUGUUGUACCCUUGUUUUGAAACUAGAAAUCUGUCCUGUGGCAUGCAAAAGAAAGCAAAUUAUUUUUAAAAGAAAAAAACCAGUACCCUUGUUUUGAAACUAGAAAUCUGUCCUGUGGCAUGCAAAAGAAAGCAAAUUAUUUUUAAAAGAAAAAAACCAAAGUACUUUUGGUGUCAUUAUUCCAUCUUCUCCAUAAGUGGAGAAAUGAAAAGUAAGAACAGCUCAUCUUCAAAGUUUUUACUAGAAAUACAACCGAAAUGAAGAGAAAUGAAGAAAUACUUCUGGAUCCAAAGGUUCGUCACUGGAUCAGCCUUAAGAAAGUCUCUAUGUGUGCUAAUAGACCAGUAUCUCCCUUGUUUGUUCCCAUGCCAGAUGCUGUCUUUUCAUACAGAGAUUAACUAGUGUCUGUACAGAAAAUGGUCUUUCCAGACCCAUUCUUUUGGGCAGUUAUAUAAAUGCAGAUUGAUAAUGGAGUUAUUUCUGCAUUUUAAAAAGGGGAUUUUUUACACUGUUUCUUUCUAUCCAAAGAAACUAUUUUUCCUUUAAAAAAUUAUAAUACAGCCAUGCUCCUUGUAAAUUAUUUCUCUGAAGCGUCCUCCCAGAGGACAAGUGUACUUUCUCAAUAAUGUUAUGAUUCUUAAUGAUGAUUGGCAUGAUCCGUACUUGAAGCAUUUGUUGUACUGUCCACUUCUCGAUGUGCAGAGAAACUUUGAGUCAUUUUGGACAUUAGAUGAUUGAUCAAU